AUGGAAUUCGACCUUUUUUUCAGAUGGCAAGAUCCUCGGCUCAGGAACUGGCUUACCAGAGUUUGGCUUCCGACUGACAGCCAAGUCAGAGGGCAGGGAAGCUGCCAAGGACUUCCUUUUGUGGAGGGCAUAUUCAGAGAGGGCAAGGGCGCCAAUUUCAUCAAAGUGGAAGGUUUUGAAGAACAGGCCCUUGAGAGUUUCCUGUGCAAAGAAGAACCUGACUUCGAGGCGUUUGGGCAGCUUUUUGGCACCAGCAACAAGCUAAAUCUUGCAAAGCUGAUGGAAGAGCCGAUUGUGCUGACUGAGCACCAGCGCCUCACAGAUGGCGAAAACGGAGAAACUGUUUUGUUCCGCAAGAUGAAAGCAACCUUCAAGGAGAACAUGGAGUUGCGGCGAUUUCCGUUUGAUCGCCAGAUCUUGCAGUUCACAGUCACAGCCGCCUUGCCAGUGCAGAUCUUGCGCCUGGAGGUUGACGAAGCCUUGUCUUCAAUCUGUCGGGUGAAAGACUUACCAGAAUACGUGGUGGACCAAGAGGAGCAGCAAGAGUGGACCCUCAAAGCCAAACCCACCAGCGGGAACGCCAGUGGCAAAGAGUAUUCGCAACUGCGGGCUAUGAUAUUCAUCGAGCGCAAGCCCCGAAAGUACAUCAUCAAUGUCGUAGUUAUGGUAUACCUGCUAGUUCUGGCUUCUUUCAGCAAUUUCACUGUCGAGGUGCAAAGCCCAGGCGAUCGCAUUUCCAACACCAUCACCUUCGUUCUGACAAUCAUGGCUUUGAAAUAUGUGAUUAACGACCAGCUUCCUUCAAAACAGUACCAGACUCUUUUGGACAUCUACUUGCUCGCAUCAUAUGUUUUUUUGAUUCUGCCAGCAGUGGAGAUGUUGAUGCUACAUCUGUGGUUGGAGCGGGCUGGUCCCACGACGCACAGCUGGGAGGUUGCUGAAUCUCUGGAUAAGAUGUUUGCUCUUGGUUUGUUUGGCCUUUGGAACGCUGUUCACUUGCUGUUCCUGGGUCUUUACACGUGCGACAGCGCAUCGGAUGUGAUCGAGGCUACCGUUACCAAUGCCUCUGUCCUGGCGGUGAGGAUACGUUAUGUAUGGCGUGUGAAACGUGAAGCCAUGAAAGGUUAUCCAUCAAACGCGAGUUGGAUACCAACAUCCCUCCGACAGGUGGAACAUUUGUCGGCAUUGCUCUUGUGGCUGGAUGUCAUCAUGGCAGGCGAGUUGUCCAAGUACUUUGCAAGCAUGUACAUGGAGGGUGAGCUUUUUCAAAGCAUCAAGUACAAGUCCAAAUCUGUGGACCAGGUGCGAACAUUCCCCUACUGGGCACCAGAUGGGCCGGUGUUUGUCUGGCAACAUGCACUCGACCUCAGAGAUCCUGCUGUGUCCGAGGAUGUCAUCAUUCUGUAUCACUACAGCAACUAUCUGUGCUUCCAAAACGUGGCGAAUGAGGAGCAGAGUGUUGCAGAGCUGUUCGCUUCUUUUGUGGAAAGUCGGGCACACUUUGGCCAGGGCGUGUAUGCCACUCAGCAUGAGCCGUCCGUUUGGGGCUCACGUAUACGGAUAUUGUUGAAUAACUACAGCAACGAGAACCCGCUGCGGGCACUCAUGUGUGACAAGGAGUCCCAGAGGGUGCUUCGUGAGUGGGGUGAUGAUAAUCCUGCGGGACACCGGGCAGAGUUCUGCGUCCCUUUGAUCGUGCCCAAAUCCAGGGCUUACAACAUCUUCGAGCGCCAGACGCCUGACCUUCAAGCCAAGAACGAGGCAGAGGCCCUGUGCAGAGAGUCAGUGCAAAGCGCCCGAGAACUUCAACUAGACCUGUCAACGAGCCGCAACCUACUGGCAUCCCUGCUUUUUUCCACCCAGCGUCUCGAUGAAGCAGAAAUGCUGUUUCGCGAGUGCUUGCAAGAAUCGCGAGCCGAUCGUCGCGGCAGCUUGCUUCUGGACCUCAACAACCUGGCAAUGGUAUUGGAGGCCAAAGGCCAGCCGGAUGCAGCUGAGCCGCUCGCGCGAGAGAGUCUGCAAGAAUAUCAGACAGAGUUGGGUGAUACGCACCCACGCACUCUUGCCAGCAAGCACAACUUGGCAAGACUGUUGUUAAGUUUGGGGCGUGCAAACGAGGCCGAGACUAUGUUCCGCCAGUGCCUUCAGACCAGCCGAGACAAGCUGGGCGAUGUGCAUCCGCAGACCUUGACCUUCCUUGCAAACUUGGCCAGAUUGAUGAAGAGCUGCGGCAGCCCGCAUUAUGCAGAGGAGCUUUAUCGCGAAGCUUUUGAAAGCAGCAAAGCAGCGUUAGGGGAAGGGAACCAGAGCACACUCAUAAAUGCCAACUGCUUGGCCGAGCUGCUGAUUGCCAGAGGCUGCUUGGAGGAGGCAGAGCCGCUUCUUCAGGAGUGCUUGCAGCUCUCCCGCGCCAAUCUGGGAAAUCUGCACCCGUGCACCAUCGAGGCUGUCCAGAUGAUGGCUGGCUUGCUCUGUACUAGAGGACAGUUUGAGAAGGCAGAGCCUUUGGUCCAAGAGGCACUCCAAGCUUACAGCAUAGCCGGAGGUGACACAGAUGCUAACACCCUUCGAAAGCGCGUUUACAUGGGCAGGCUUCUUCAAGGUAUGGGAAGAUUAGAUGAGGCACAGCUGCUCCUGCGAGAGUGUUUGCACAAGGCCCAAACCAGUUUGGGUGACAAGCACGUUGAAACUCUACGAGCUGUGAACGAGUUGUCCGCUGUGCUAUACAGCCAAGGGCAGGUGGCCGAGGCGACCUCUCUUCUCAAAGACUCUUUGCCCAACUGCCGAGCCAUCUUAGGCAGCGGGAACCCAGACAGCCUGACAAUGAUGAACAACAUGGCCACUUUGCUCUUUGUCAACAAGCAUGUGGAUGAAGCCGAGCUUCUUCUCCUAGAUUGCUUGCAGCACAGCCGCGCUAGCCACGGCAAUGCCCACAAGCUCACUCAGAAUUUUGUCAAGAAUUUGGCGAAGAUGUAUUUUCACAGUGCCCGUUUUGACAAGGCUGAGCCACUCUUUCGCGAGUUCCUUCAGUACUGCCGGGAAACUCUGGGCGACACACACCCCGAAACGGAAGAUGCAAUCAGGAGCCUUGAUCUGACGACGGCAAACAAGGACAAAGCGAAGCUGAAUGAUGCAGGUAAUGUUGAUCCUCUCCUUGGUGAUCUCCCGAAUGGAUGGGCACAGUAUGCAUCGAGGUUCAUGUUGGGCAUACUCGUUAUUGCCAACUUGCUUGAACACGGCCGUCUGGGUGAGUCACCAAUUUCAGAUCUCGCAGGGUGGAACCUGGCUGAAAAUGGGCGGCGGCUGCAACGCCUCGCGGAACAACCCCUAGAUUGUUGCCUGGAAGAGGAGGCGGAAGCCGUCCAUCGGCAUUAUCCGGAGAUGUGGUUGGUCGUGCAUAUUGUGGGGUUGAAACAAGGCUGUCCGGAUGUGAAGAAGAGGCUCUGGUGUGCGUUUUGCAUGCGCUUGCGGGCUUCACCAGCCAAUGUCGUUCACAGCUUGAUAGGAGCUGCGGAG